ACAAAAGAUGCUUAUCAUCUCCAAUAGAGAGGAAAGACCAAAAACAUCAAAAUGAGCAUAUCACCCUAGAAGGAAGAAGAAACAAACGGUAUAAAUCAGAGAGUCUGAAAGUAGAAUUGGGUCAUUGACUCAUCUCUCUCCAUAUAAAUAAUUUUUAAUGUUUUUGUCUAACACAAAAUAAGUGUUCAUACUGUGAUUCCCUGACGUUUUCUUCAAGCACUAAUCGUCAAUGCUUCAACUUCUUUAUAUGGUAGUCUGAAUGGGAUCGUUGAAUUCCUGCCGUCACGCCUUCGAAACAAAGCUUAUAUGUAUGCCUAUAAAAGAAGCACCUAUCUCUCCAAUGAAAGACCAAUCAACGACAUGGAAUUUCUCCCUCUACUCUAUUCGUUCUGCCUCUGCAUAUUUGUCUUUCCUUCCUUCACUUCUCCAGCUAUAUUAUUCCAGGGGUUCAAUUGGGAAUCCAGUAACAAAGGAGGAUGGUAUAAUUCCCUAAAGAAUUCUGUUCCUGAUCUUGCUAACGCAGGCAUAACUCAUGUCUGGCUACCUCCUCCGUCUCAAUCUGUUGCUCCUCAAGGUUACAUGCCGGGAAGGCUAUACGAUCUCAACGCAUCAAAAUAUGGUUCCCGGGAUGAACUCAAGUCUCUAAUUGCUGCUUUGAAAGAGAAAGGAAUCAAAGCCCUUGCUGACAUUGUAAUAAACCACAGAACGGCUGAGAAGAAGGACGGGAGAGGAAUAUGGUGCAUCUUUGAAGGUGGAACCCCAGAUGGAAAGCUUGACUGGGGACCCUCUUUCAUCUGCAAAGAUGACACUGCCUAUUCCGACGGCAAUGGAAACCCAGAUAGCGGUGAGGAUUUUCAACCGGCCCCUGACAUUGACCACCUCAAUCCACAGGUACAGAAAGAGCUUUCUGAGUGGAUGAAUUGGCUGAAAACCGAAAUCGGAUUCGACGGAUGGCGAUUCGACUUCGUGAAGGGUUAUGCUCCAAGUAUUACCAAAAUUUACAUGGAACAAACAUCUCCGGGUUUCGCAGUAGGGGAGAAUUGGAACUCUCUUUCUUAUGGACAAAAUGGAAAACCUGAUACUAACCAGGACGCUCACCGUGGUACACUUGCUAAUUGGGUUGAGGCUGCUGGUGGGGCUGUUACUGCUUUUGACUUCACUACGAAAGGGAUUCUACAAGCUGCUGUUGAAGGAGAGCUGUGGAGGUUGAAGGACUCCAAUGGAAAGCCUCCAGGGUUGAUUGGAAUAAAGCCUGCAAGGGCAGUCACAUUCAUUGACAAUCAUGAUACAGGGUCUACUCAAAAGCUUUGGCCUUUCCCAUCUGAUAAAGUCAUUCUGGGAUAUGCAUACAUUCUCACUCAUCCUGGCAUUCCAUCAAUAUUCUAUGAUCAUUUCUUUGACUGGGGGCUCAAAGAGGAGUUAACAAAACUGACUGCAAUUAGGACAAGAAACACCAUCCAGACCACGAGCACCGUGAACAUUUUAGCUGCUGAUGCUGAUCUUUAUUUGGCUGGGAUUGAUAACAAGAUCAUUGUGAAGAUUGGUCCAAAAAUGGAUUUGGGAAACCUUGUUCCGCCAAACUAUAAAGUUGCUACCUCUGGAAAAGACUAUGCUGUUUGGGAGAAAAAUUGAUUCCACCAUUUUUUAGAAGAAAGAGGAGUUGCUCUUACUUCUUCUUCUUCUUCCUUACCUCUUAACUCGGACAAAUCAAGAAUUGAAGCAAAUCAGAUUCAUACCUUCUUGAUAAAAUCUGGUGUUCGCCAUUUUGUCUAUGUGAGCACUGCGUUUCUUGACUUUCAUACGAAACUCGGAUGCUUACAAGUUGCACACCGCUUAUUCGAUGAUAUGCUCGAGAGAGAUGUUGUCUCUUGGAACGCAUUAAUUUGUGGAUUUUCACGAAAUGGAUAUGAUGUUGACGCUUUAAAAUUAUUUGUUCAAAUGUGUAGAGAGGGUUUUAAUCCUCAAGAAACAACUUUGGUUAGUUUGGUUCCUUCGUGUGGUAGACAUGAAUUAAUUUUCCAAGGAAAAUCUGUCCAUGGGUUUGCAAUUAAAGCUGGCCUUUAUUUGUAUUCUGAGGUGAAGAAUGUGCUUACGUCUAUGUAUGGCAAAUAUGCGGAUUUGGAUGCCGCAAAAUGCUUGUUUGAAGAGAUAGAUGAUAAGGGCGUGAUUUCUUGGAAUACCAUGAUUGGUGCUUAUGGACAAAAUGGUUUCUUUGAUGAGGCGAUGCUUGUCUUCAAGCAGAUGAUGGUGGAAAGUGUGAAAGCAAAUCCAGUGACCCUGGUUAGCCUUCUCUCAGCAAAUGCUAAUCCAGAAACCACCCAUUGUCAUGCCAUUAAACUUGGUAUCAUCGAUGAUAUUUCCGUGAUUGCUUCACUAGUUUGUGAAUAUUCAAGGUGUGGAAAUUCAGUAUCAGCAGAACUGCUUUACAAGUCACUACCCCAGAAAAAUUUAGUUCCCUUAACGGCAAUUUUAUCAUGCCAUGCUGAGAAGGGUAACAUGGACACUGUGAUGAGAAUUUUUGCAGAAAUGCAGCAGUUAGACAUGAAAAUGGAUGCAGUCGCUAUGGUUAGCAUCCUUCGUGGGAUUAGAGACCCUGCUCACUUCGGCAUUGCACUUGCUUUCCAUGGUUAUGGGUUCAAGAGUGGGUUGAGCAUUGAUAAUUUGGUGACAAAUGGGUUGAUAAGCAUGUAUUCAAGGUUUGAUGCUAUAGAAGCUGCUUUUUCUCUGUUUUCUGAGAUGCAUGAGAGACCAAUAAUCAGUUGGAAUUCUUUGAUUUCUGGCUGCGUGCAGGCUGGAAAGUCAAGUGAUGCCUUUGAGUUAUUCUGUCAAAUGAAGAUAUAUGGGCAUAGUCCAGAUGCCAUUACGAUUGCUAGUUUACUAUCUGGGUGUGGCCAACUUGGAUAUUUGCAGUUUGGGGAGAGACUCCAUAACUUUGUCUUGAGACAUGAUUUUGGGGUGGAAGAUUUUGUUGGGACUGCUCUUAUAGACAUGUACACCAAAUGCGGAAGAAUAGAGCAUGCUGAAAGGGUGUUUAAGUGCAUCAAAGAUCCAUGUUUGGCAACAUGGAACUCAAUGAUUUCGGGUUAUAGUUUGUAUGGAUUAGAGCAUAAAGCUCUUGCUUGCUUCUCUGACGUGCAGGAAAAAGGGCUAAAACCUGAUAAAAUCAGUUUCUUGGGAGUUUUAGCAGCUUGUACCCAUGGAGGUCUUGUUGAUGAAGGAAGAAAAUACUUCCAAAUCAUGAGGGAAGAAUUCAAUAUGGUGCCAGGUUUGCAGCACUUUGCUUGCAUGGUUGGUCUCUUUGGUCGUGCUGGCUUGUUUGAGGAGGCAUUAACAUUGAUAAGAAGCAUGGAUGUAGAGCCCGAUUUUGCUGUAUGGGGAGCUUUGCUGAAUGCCUGUUGCAUCCACCAAGAGGUGGAGCUGGGUGAGUACUUGGCUAAAAAGUUAUUUUUGUUGGACAGCAAAAGUGGUGGGUUUUAUAUUUUGAUGUCAAAUCUUUAUGCGAGUAAGGGAAGGUGGGAUGAUGUAGCAAAAGUGAGGGAUAUGAUGAGAGACAGUGGAGGGGAUGGCUGUUCAGGGAUUAGUGUUAUUGAGGUCACUUCGAUGGAAGGCAUGAAUAAAGAUUUAUCCAGUAAUGGCAGUUUGGAAUUUGGAUACAAAUACUAGGCAGUAGUUGGUUUCAUAGUGA